AUGGCAGAAAAAUUCCCCUCGACAAGCACCACAGCAAAUCCAUCCAAGGUGGCAGACUUGAAGGUUGUGCAGGUGAAAAAGGGAGAAGAAGUCAAACUGAAUAUAAGCUGGGCCAUCAAUAUUGACGCUAGUAAUAAUUACCUGACAGGCACUUGGAUUACUAUUUCAGGAGAACCAGACUACUUCUGUGAAUACAACCCACCUUUUGCCAAAGCAAACCUCACAGGAUCAGAGCAGGCCGUAGCCCCCCGCCUGUGGAAUGCCCUGCCCCUGUCUCUCCAAGAGAAAACUAAAGCUGUCAUCAUAACUCUUGUUGGAGUGCUGGUCACUUUGAUGAUCCUGAGUUCCUGCUGCAUAAUCUAUAAAAGACGCAUAUCCACUUCUGCCUCGUAUUUGAGUGUCAAAAGCCUCCCAGUGGUUCCAGUUUCUGUUCUUGUGGUGUACCCUGCUGAGAAUUCAGCCUUCCAGCAUGCUGUGGUAGCACUGGCAGAGUUUCUACAGUUGCACGGUGGCUGCAGCGUAGCAAUUGACGUGUGGCAGCAGGGAAAAAUUGCAGGGUUGGGACCACUGCGUUGGUUAGUGGAGCAGGAGAAGGCUGCAGACUAUGUGCUGAUUGUUUCCCCUCAAGGAGAGACUCGAUCUUCACUGCUAAGUCAGUCUACUGCCAACCACAAUCUUCCAGAACAUUCCAUCCCAGCUGCGGCUCGUGAUCUUUACCCUCUGAUUCUCAAUAUGGUCGCAAGCCAUGCAAAGAACGCCAGUCAGCUGUCCAGGUUCUGGGUGGUGCAUCUGAACAAGAAACCUUCCAUAAUUCUGCCAGAACUGAAAGUGCGCAAGUCUUUCUGUCUAAUGAAAGAUUUGGACAAGUUAUGUGAGAGCCUUCAUGCCCCAAGGAAGUUUGGAAAGAAGAUUUCAUCUUUGCUGUUCAAACCAGGAGUUUUCUACAGUAAAAACAGUACAAAGUUAAAGGAGGCUAUAGAAAUGUUGGAGAGAGUGCAAAUCAAGCUCAUCCAGAGAAAUCCUGAUUGGAGGUGA